CCGAGUGCCACUCUCCGGAUCUCUUCUGUUCACACCGGACCCGUGCGACUUUACCCGUGUCUAAUGGCUGGAUAAAGGAACACCACGUAACUUUUUUCACCCCUAAAGCGGAUUUUAACACUUUAUUCACGCUUGGACACGGCACAAACGAGGAUCCACGCCAUGAAAUACAAAAACUUGAUGGCAAAGGCGCUGUACGACAAUGUGCCCGAGUCGCCCGAAGAGCUGGCAUUCAGAAAGGGCGACAUUCUGACGGUUAUUGAGCAGAACACUGGAGGCCUGGAGGGUUGGUGGCUCUGCUCUCUGCACGGGCGCCAGGGAAUUGCACCGGGUAACAGGCUGAAGCUGCUGAUUGGACCCAUGUUCGAGGCUCCAUCCCCCCUUCAGUCCUCUUCACAAUCCUCCCUGGUCCAGAGCUCCACAGGGGGGCCAUCUCCUUCCUCUCACACCCAGGCUCAGGUGCAGGGGAGUGGGGCUACAGCAUUGUACCAGGCCCCCUUACAGAGCCCCCAGCAGAGUGUGUACCAGGUGCCCCCCCGGAGUGCACUGUCUGUGGACAACACACCCAACAAGGUGGUGACCCCUUCUCGUGUGGGACAGUCCUACAGCUUCAGCCCCGGGCAGAACCUGCAGGAUCUGUAUGAUGUGCCGCCCUCUAGAGCCCAGGGCGUGUAUGACGUUCCUCCAGGCCACAUGCUGAGCUCUCCAUACCCAGGACAGAGCCGCUCUCCUGGGCAGAGUGUUUAUGACGUACCUCCCUCUCAGCUGGAGCCUUGGGGGGGUCAGGGGGUCUAUGACAUCCCCCCUCCUGCUCAGGGGGUCUACUCAGUACCUCCCUGCAGAACCACCUCCAACCAUCAGGAGGCGAACUACGACUUCCCUCAGCCUAUGAAGUCUGCUAAAGUGGAGGGUGUUUACGACAUCCCGCCUCCCGCUUUGACCAAACCCACCCAGAUCUCCUCUCAGUCCGUUUAUGACUAUCCUUCUCCUCCUUCUAACCCAGAAUCCACCUCUUCAUCGCACAGUUUUCACAACAACAAUGACGAAGGAGUCUACGCCGUCCCGCCCCCCGCUUUGGCCAGCUCCAAGUCGGACAUUUACGACAUUCCUCGUGGUCAGGUGCCGAGUCGCGGCUCUCCAAGUGACAGCAAAGGGAUUUAUGACGUUCCAGUGCAAGAUUCAAGAGUGAAUGACGUCACCGAUGGCGUAAACCGACUUUCGUUUUCGAGCACGGGUAGCACGCGCAGUAGCAUGUCAACCUCUUCUUCUUCCACUGGGGGCGUCGCUGAGGGUAGACUCGUAUUAGACCUGGACAGCGCUUUGCAAAGGUUGUACCGUUUACAGCAAAACGUCGAAGUAGCGGUUGGAAAUUUGCACACAAUGGCGGCCUCUCCUCAUUGGCGGACUGUCACGUUUAUGGAGAGACAUGCUAACGAUGUUCGCACGGUUCUAGAUAGGGUUAGAGCAGCUGUGGCAGAUUUCGUUGUGUUUGGGAGAGGCGCGGCGGCUAAUGCUACUGCACUAUCCGAUUGUAGCCUGCACAGUAAGCUAAAGCGGCAGCUAGCAAGACUUGAAGACUCACAACAAAUCGUGAUACAGAUUUAUCAAGUUCUGGACCAGAGUGGAUGGGCUGUUAGCGCGCUAGCAGCUUCAACUUCAGUAAGACAUAACAAGACGGACGAAGUGGAGCGGUUUGUGAUGGUCUCCAGGACGGUGCCGGAUGAUGCUAAGCAGCUAGCAUCGACAAUCAGCACCAACGCAGAGGUGCUGUUCCGAAGGUCACACACGGAGGGAAGCCCUGACGAAAUGAACCCCGCUCUGAGCUCUCCUCCAUCAGAUAACGAGAGCUACAGAAACCCUCUCUCCACGACAAAUCUCCAGGACAAAGAUAACAGGAACCACAGCGAGCAGUGCGUCAAGAGCUGGAUGGAAGACUAUGACUAUGUCCAUCUGCAGGGCAAAGAAGACUUUGAGCGUCAGCAGAAAGCUCUGCUGGACAAAGAGAACAUCAUCAAACAGAACCAGGAGCAGCUGGGGCAGGAGCAGAUAAACCAGUUCAAACGCCUGGAGCAGGAGGUGAGCAAACCAGUGGAGAAUGAUAUUUCACAGUGGAUUUCACAGCAACGCUUCUGUCUGACCCCAAAUGUAACCCCCAAAAAAACGGACUCAUCCUCCUCCGCCUCCCCCGCCGCUGCCGGCCCCUCUCCACAACUCUGCUCCAGAGAUAAACAGCUCCUGGUGUUCUACUGGGACCAGUGUGAGCAGCACCUCCUCACGCUCCUCAGUGCCAUGGAUGCCUUCUUCUCAUGCGUCAGCUCUGGGCAGCCGCCGCGCAUCUUUGUAGCCCACAGUAAGUUUGUAAUUCUGAGCGCCCACAAGCUGGUCUUCAUCGGCGAUACUCUCUCUCGCCAAGUGUCCACACCUGAACUGGCCAAUCGCGUGAUGAACGCCAGCAACGUGCUCUGUGAUUUGCUGAAGACGGUGGUGGGAGCGACUAAAAUGGCAGCUAUGAGUUAUCCGAACACAGCAGCGGUCCAGGAGAUGGUGGACAGAGUGACGCAGCUGUCCCAGCACUCACAACACUUUAAAGAACAGCUCCGGCUCAUGUCCACGUCCUGAUCUGUGUCAUGGGCUUUUUAAAGACGCACUGUGGAACUCUUCUGAUCGAGUGUUUAACAACAUCUCCAUAGGGACAAGCAGAUGGCGCUUUACCUUGAAUGUUUCACAGCAGGGCAUUAAACAUAAGCGUAUCUAUCUCGUGCUUAUUCGUGGAGUUCAGAGAGGUGAAGAAUUAGCACUGUUGCCAUAGCAAAUAAUUCAAAAUAAAAUAUCUUUUAAAUAGUCAGUCAUAAAAACAUUUGUUUGCAUUGAGUGAGUUCACCUCUCAAGAGAUCUGAGCUGGAGCUGCAGCCUGUUGUUUACGUCAACAAAGUAAACAUUCCAGGCAAAGCAAGAACAUCUCCAUGGAAACAACAAAAGGUUGCGCAGUGUACCUUUUAAUUGUAAAUACUUGGCAGAUUAAGGUAAACAUUAUGAGAUGGAAAAAAAAAGAGGUGAAGGGUUCUGUUCUGUUCUCAUAUUGUUUUGCCAGGUCCACAUUUACAGCGUCCCUCUGGAGUAUUCUGGAGUAUCGAGAUGAUCAGUGUUGGAAUAUGUCAAACUAUUGAUACUCUGCAGUGAUGUCACGCUGGGGGGGGGGUUCUACAUGUGUCUCUAUGGCGGAAUGCUCAGCAGUUACCACGGUGACACAAUGCACACAUUAGUAAACACAGCCAAAUACAUUUUAAGAUCGUAUGAAAAAUCAAACUGGAUUUAAAGAACACAUUUUGAGGAGCCUGUGAUCAAUCUGAGGGUUCAUGAUCCUGUUUAGGAGAUUGAUUUUCAGCAAAAAGGUGAGAGUGACUAACUGAAAAACUGUUGGCUCAUGCUAAUGCUAAUGCUAGCUACUUUUGACUGUAAUGUUAUUUGAGAGGGACUUGUUUACCCGCACAAAUCAGCUUACCUGUUGUAGUUCAGAUAAAUCUUUAUGGUCAGACUGUGUUAAAACAAAACUCAGAUUAAAUUCUACCUUGAGUAACAGAGCUUCAGACAGAGCAGUGCCGCCGUUAGCAUCGCACCCCAAGAGAAUGGUGAUGACAUCAGCUGCAAAUUAUCAGUUGUUAAAUUUGUACAAUUUUGUAAAUAAAUAAAAAUAAUGGAUACGUUGUGAGAAAAGUGUCCCCCUAAUUUGACUUAAAUGAGUUUUGUUUUUUUCUCUUUUUAUUGUACUUGUUUUAUUGUUCUAAUAUUUAAUUUUUUUAUAUUUUAACUCUGUUGUAUUUCCCCUGUGAAAUUUUAACCAAUGAAUUCCUCUGGAAAUCAAAUUCAUCUUAAUUCUAAUUUUUAACUUUAAACAUUUUCUAUUUAAAUGUUUCAGACUCCAUAGGAACGCUGUGUAAAUUGUAUUCGGCUAAAAUUAAACAGAGGUCCUUCAUUUCAAUGUUUUGUCUUUAAUAGUUACUUUUUAGUUUUUACAUUUCUAUUUGUAGUUUUGAGUUGCUGUUCAUAUGUUUGGUGUAAAUAUGGGCUCUGUUUGUUUAGAUGGUUUUGUUAUCGCUCUGUGUUGUAAUGCUGUACAUGUCUUCAUUACAUUCCUGUUGAAGCACCUUAGAACAUCUCGGGUUUGUUUGAAAUGGCCGCCUCUGUCGAUAAAAUUGCUGCCUCUGCCCAUCUCACGCUGAACAAUUCUAUAGAUAUGCAAUAGUAAAGAUUUCUCAUUUCA